GCGGAAUGUUCCGGGAUUACUUCAGUUAAUCUCCUCUACUGGAACUUGCCCUGAGACUUUGCUCUCCGAUGCAUACUUUGCAUGAGAAGGGUCUUCCUUGCAGUUCCUUUAGUGAUAGUCGAAACGUAUACAGCUCUGCCGGCGUCUCCCUUCUACCAAUGAGGUCUCCCUCCUGUAAACGGAGAACGUCAACAGUCCUAAGGACAGCACACGUGCUCCGCAUUACUCCACCGAGCUCCAUACCACAUCUCACGCAACUUCAUCCCAAUCACGAUCAGAUAAGCACAAUGGUUCAAACCAGAUCCAUGUCUUCCCGGAUCCGUCUGGCGGAGCUUGGGGCGCAGCCUGAAUUUCAGGCGGAAAUUCAAGCUGGACCUCAGAAAAAGGGUCAAGUUGCACCGCAGCCUGAGACACCACCAGAGGAGCAAGUUGCACCGCAACCUGGGGCUUCUCCAGACAUUAAGGUUGAAUCUCAACCAGAGACUCCCUCAGUGAAGUAUGAACCACAAUCUGAGACUCCCUCAAGGAUGAAGUCCGAACCGCAAUCUGAGACUCCCCCAGUGAAGCAUGAACCGCAAUCUGAGACGCCACCAGAGGCUCAGCCUGCGCCAGGCCGGGUGGUACUAGGCCCCAUAGAAAUCAUCCCCGAUAUGUGGUCCGACGAGAUGGAUGAGGCCACAGAUAUGGUGAGCCGUGCGGCGAACUUGACCCCCGAUGAUCGGGUGAAUGCCCUCCGCAUGUCAUCGUGCUGGUUGACUUUACUGGACGACUUAUUUCCGGGACCCAACACCGCCAACGGCUACCAGGUUGCCGCCAACAACUCGAACCGGUAUCACGGAGCCAUCAACCUCCGCCUCAAUGUGCUCUCGAACUGGGUGCAGACUGACUUCUUGAGUGUGGAGUUGGGGGUUUUCCCGUCCGAGGCCGAUGAUUUGGACCGCUGGAUGCGUGAGGCAGAUCUGCACAUCGAGAUGAACCGCUGUCUGCGGGAUCUCCCUGCGCAGGAGGGACCCCGGACGGUUUUUGGCGUGCUCGGGAUUGGUAAGUGGUGUCGGUUCUAUGAAUCGGUGGGGGUUGGUGUCCAUGAACCUAUUCAAAUCGCCGGUAAGCGAGUCUUCCAUAUGUACCGCGAUGCGCGCCAGAUUGCUUACAUCUUCGUGAAGGUCAUCAAGGAGCAGUGGUGA